CCUAAACGACUGUUUAUACUAUAGCCUAACGUUUGUUAAACAGGGUAGCAAACAGUGGUGACGAAUUUUAGGACAACGGAAUUGUCCCGUUACUGAGGUAAUCGUUUCAAAUAAGACCUUUUUUUGUUGUUGGUGUGUGUUCAUCUAACAAGUGACUGUGCCGACCGUGCCCCACCGUAAGCAGCGCACAGACCUGUCCCAGGUGCUGAAACCGCCGGUGUUGCGUUUCUGCAGCAACCAACGACCAAGUUCAGGCUACACCGCCAGUAACCAAUUUUUUUUUAAUGAGAACAGGAAAAGGAGAGCGGGGGAGGAAAGGAUCUUAGCGCGGUGAAUGCUAAGCAACCUACAAGCCGAGGUGUCGGUCCGGCUUUCGCGAGUAAAUGGGAUAUUCGUUUGUCCGGGCAGGAUGUAAAAAAUUGCUUGAAGGAGGAUGGGGAAACAAGGCUUCUCUGCGGCGACACUGCCGCUGCUCGUGUUGGGCUCGCUUACCGUAUCCGUUUCCGCCGGUGACUCGGCCCUGUCGGCUCCUCUCAAUGUGACAAUAAGGGAGCUGGAGGCGAACACAGCCAUAGUCACAUGGGAGAUACUGGAGGGAGAUCCCGUCAUCGGAUUCGCUAUCACACAACAGAAGAAGGAUGUGCGUAUGCUGCGGUAUAUCCAGGAAGUGAACACGACCACGCGCUCCUGUGCAUUGUGGGACUUGGAGGAGGACACGGAGUACAUUGUUCAUGUCCAGAGCGUCAGCAUGGGAGGCAGCAGUCCUCCCAGUGACCCGGUCAGCUUCAGAACUCCCAGAGAGUCUGAGAAACUGGCCUCCACAGUACCAGACCAGGUCGACAGGGAGGAGAUGGAGCAGGCAGUGCAGCUCAGAGUUGGAGAGCUCAUCAUCAUCGUAGUGGUGCUGGUCAUGUGGGCAGGUGUGAUCCUCCUGUUCUGUCGUCAGUAUGACAUCAUCAAAGACAACGAACCCAACAACAACAAGGACAAAGCCAAGACCUCGUCCGAAUGCAGUACGCCCGAACACCCACAGGGAGGCCUACUGCGUAGCAACCUCUGAAACCAGCCCCCACAGUCCACUCAGCUAUAUGGCAAUAACUCAUCCGAUUCC